GCAGUUAAAUCACUCUUCUUCUCGGAGGGGCUUAUUAUCUUCUCGGAGAAGCUCCGUAUAAGAGAGCUUAAAGCUGAAGACCUCGACAGAUAUACCCUUAUUGAUAGCUAUAUUUAUUACUUCUUCCCUGCCGAGGGCUUCGAUAUAACGCUCGUACGAUUUAGCACGAACUGGGUAAAACCUCUGAGGGCUGAGGUUGAGAAGGCUCCUAUAUCAUGCAAACGCAAGCAGGCUGUACCUAUGCCUAUACCAAUAAAAAAAGAGCAGCCAUUAGAGAUAGACCUUAAAGCCUUCCCGCCAAUGCAGCCUCUCCCUGACAGCGAUAAAGAGGAGGAAAUACAGUCCUUUAUUAAAGAGCGGCUACAAGAGGCCUCUGUUAAAGAGCAGCUACGAGAGGCCUCUGUUAAAGCUGGGGAUACAGUUGAGCCUAACGAGGAGGCUGAAGAGGCAUAUAAUAAUAAUUUAUCUAAUAAGAGGCAGAGAAUAUCUGUAGAUAAUAGUAAUACGGAAAGCUACUCUCUUUUCCGGGCAGGCCGGGUAAGACGGGCCUCUGCAAAGGUCCGGAAUAGC